AUGAAGAGUGCGCUUCGAGUCCAGGUGGACGUAUGUUCGGAUCUCCGCAUGAUUACAGCGGAUGUUAGCCAACGGGUGUCCAGCCUGGAGGGCCACGUGGAGGUGCCUCGUAAUGCUACUCGGGAUAACGCGUGUGGCGCACCGGUGCUGGAGGCGAGCGGCGGUUCAGCGGUGGACGCGGCGGAGGGAUCAGAGCGUGCUGCAGAGUGUGCUGGGAGGGGUGAUGGGAACGGCGCCCUCGCCUUGUGCGUCAACACAGGGGCUAACCUUAAUGAGAAACCCCUGCAAGAUCCUGGGUCCCCGAAAUGGAGUACUAUUGCUAAAAAAGGAAAGCGGCAGCUUGAGGCUAGAACGAUCUACAAAGUCCAUCUACAGAAUGGGGUUCACCUGUGA